AUGGCUGCUCGUAAACCAAUUCUUGUCGUCGCAGGUGUGGGCACUGGUGCUGGCACAGGUGGGUCGACCGCACGACUGUUUGCAAAGCACGGCUACAGUGUAGCAUUGAUCGCAAGGAAUGCUAAGGAGCUCGAGGCGACAGCAGAGGAGAUAAAAGCGGCGGGAGGCACAGCAGCGGCAUUUCCAAUCGUCAAAUAUGACUAUAAGGAGAUACACGACGCUUUCGAUGCCAUCAAGAAGCACUGGCCUGAUGAGGAGCUUCGCGUAGCUGUGUGGAACGCUGGCUAUGGUGUUUGGAAGCCUUUCUUAGAGGUCACCGAAGAGGAAGUGAAGGAGAGUGUUCAGAUCAACAUUGUAGCUGCAGCCGCGUUCGCCCAGGAAGCGAUCCUGGCCUUCCAAAAGCUGGAGGUGGAUAAUGUCGGUGCACGGGGCAACCUGAUUGUCACUUCCGCUACAGCUGCUUGGCGUGGUAACCUCACAACAUCUGCAUUCGCUGCUGGAAAACACGGGCUGAAGGGGUUAGCUCAAUCCUUGAACAAAGAGUUCGGAAAGCAGAAUAUCCAUGUAUCCCAUGCGAUCAUUGAUGGGAGCAUUCUUACCAACCGCUCCCGAGGCAGGGGUGACGAGUAUGUCAACAACCCGGACGUUAGGCUGGACCCGGACAGCAUCGCCAAAGCAUACUUCUACCUUGCCCAGCAAGAUCGCAGCGCCUGGACCUUCGAACUUGACUUGCGCCCCGCUCAUGAGAAAUGGUAA